UAUACAUGUGUAUAAAAUCUUAGAUAUAAUGAUAGAUAAAUUAGAUACAGUAGAAGACUUGUAUAAUCAAAUAGAGCAUUUAAUAGGUGAUAAUAUUCAAAUUGUAAAAAAAAAAGAAAAGAAAAGAAAAGAAAGAAAGAAAGAAAAACAACGAAAAGUUAAAGAAAUGAACUCGCAUUAACAUUUUUCAUUUUAAGAAUAGACGUUCCUUUUGAACAGUUUGAAAAAGAUGUUGAAUAUUGUCAAGUUGUUCCUGAAAAAGAAAAGCAAACAAAUAAGGAAAUGACAGAUCGACAAGAACUAGCCAAUAUGAAUGACUGCUCAUUUGAAAGACCUAUUUUAAUAGAAAGUGACAGUGAUGAAAUAGAAGAAGAACUUGUCGAGAAAAAUCCAUAUCAAUAUACUAUCUUAACAUGCUAUAAAUGUAACAAAAUUAUUCCUUAUGAUCCAACAGUGCACAAUUCAUUAUCUGUUUCUUAUGAUAGUACCAUGAAUAUUUGUACUCAAUGUGCAUCAAAGAAGAGAACUAGGUCACGAUCAUUUACCUUUGAAGGAAACAAUGUUUUUAAUUUUGUAGCAGAUAAACUAAAGCAUUCAUUUAGCAACAAUAACCUUUUAUCACCUAAUAGUAAUCCAAACAUGCAUCGUAGAAAAAGUAUGCCAUCUAUGAACGUAAAUUUUGCAUCAUUAGAACCUCCUAGUCCUACCCCUUCAAGACCUAGCAGUAGAGCAUCUUCCUUUUUUGAAGACUUUAAGCAACUUUUAUCUCCUUUAUCUAGGAAAUCUAGUAGAAACUCGAUGUAUCAAGAAUAUCAAAUAGAUGAUAGUGAUGCUCUAAAAGCACCUUCUGAGGGUCAUAAACGAAAAACAAGUUGUAGCUCAUUAUUAGAAGCCUUUCAUCUAUGCAAACCUAAACAACGAAGCCCUUCUUAUGAACGACAGAUUAUGAACGAUACUACUAAACCUAGCCAGCAAGAAGACGAAUCUAGUUGGGAUCAAGAUGAUGAUAAGUUUCUUGAUAUACAUCAAAGAACUCAUCAAGAUAAUCAUCUGGAAGAUGAUCAAUAUGUACCUAUGGAAAAUCAUGUUCAUGUACCUUUACGUAGAAAACAAGUUCAACAAAUCGGAUCACGUCAAAAAAGAAUUGAUCUUUAUAAUAAUGCAUACUUUGAUUGCAUGCAAAUAGAAACGAAUUUGAUUCCUUGGAUCAUUAAGCAAACACAAAAGGGACCUCCUGAUGCUUGGUUUGGUUAUACUCCACCACCAAGACAACCGAAAAAAUUUUUAGGUAUCUUUAAACGUAAAACAACAAAAUCAACAUCAAUGUCAGAGAACACAAGAGCUCAACAAUUGCAACUCGGAGAUGAUUUAUUACGUAAAUCUACUCCUUAUUUACAUCAUAGAUAUAGUAGUAACUUAUCUAUCUCACCUGCUAAUUCUACUACUUCAUUUCUGCAUUCACCAACAGAUACUAGCUAUGAGCAACAACAAAAACUGCUUGUAGGGUCACCUUCUGCCAUCAAUAGUCAGGAUAUAGAAGACUGUGAUGAUUAUUUUAAUAGCCAUCAACAACCAAAAGAUGAAUACUCUAAUAGUGAUCAUCAUCUUCUUCAAACUGAAUUACAAUACUCUUCUCAUGGGGUUUCUCCUCGUGAAAGCUAUAGUAGCAGCAAUUGUCCUUUGACUCCAACAAAGUCUAAUUCACAACCUGUUUCUAUCUUGAAAAAAUCGAGCAUUUCUCAAGAGCCUAAAUAUUUUAAUCAUCCAUCCUAUUUUGAAGAACCUAUUCCCUAUGAUGAUGAAUAUUAUUCCAAUGAAGAUGAAGAAAGGUAUGAUAAUAUGCAUCAUAUUGGAGUAGAAGAAGAAGAAGAAGCAGAUUAUCAUCCACGUCGACCCAUGAAUAUGACUGUAGUAGAUGACUCUUAUUACCAAAGUCCUCAUAUUCCAAUUAUGAUGAGGAAAAAGGAAAACAAAGAAAAGUAUAGCAAUCAACGCAAGUCUGGAUAUCGCCGUAGUAUAAAUGAAAGCUUACCACCAGAGCCCAUGAUGCAUUAUACUUCAAAAAGACGAAGCGUUACUCCAGUUUCUUCUCGACGAUCCUAUUGUUAUGAUGACGAUGACUAUUUUGAUUAUUAUAAUAAUGAUGGCUUUUCCAUCUCUCCUCAAAAAAGCAAUUCUUUUGAUAAAAGAAGAACUCUGAGAAAUAAUCAUUAUUCAUACUAUGAUCAAAAUGAUACUCGAAGACAAUAUGAUGAUAAUGAUGAGUAUAUUGAAGAUAUGGAUCAUAAGAGCUAUCAUUAUACUGAAAAUAUUAGAAAGUCUAAUUGGAGAACACCUCUACCCCCUCCUAUAAAAACUCAACAUUAUGGCUAUAAGGCAACAGCAAGACGCUCGCAACACUAUGAUGUUCAAAUAAAAUCACCACUUGAAGAAUGGGAGAUAGUAUUAGAUGAAUUAUGUAUUUUAUUUCCUAGAAUGGAUCGCGAUUACAUUAAUGAAUUUCUAACAUCUGCAAAAGGUGACUUCAUAACUGCUAAAAGCAUGAUAAUUCAAAUGAUUAUGGGAGAUUAGAUUAAUAUAUAUAUAUAUAUAUAUAUAUAUAUAUAUAUAUAUUAUACCCUUUGAUAUCCUUUCCUCUUCCUUUUUAUAUUAUUUAUUUCCUUCGAUAAUUUAAGUAUUGUCAUU